AUGGACACGCUCACAACACGUCGUUCCAACACGACGAUGAGGGCGGCUGCCGCGCCCGUGCGGCGUCCUGUGCGUGCAGACGGGAGCACAGGUACCUCGAGGGCUAGCGCGCCGAGUCAUACGGAGGAGGCAGAGGCACGUCGGAUCGCCGUGCUUGUCGCCCUGGCCGAGUCGUAUUUCCAUAUUCCUGACGAUGCACGCGCCGCGACGAGUCCUCCGUCUGCGUCGGCGGCGUCCACAUCCGCCUCACUUGCCCCUGAUGUGGCCUCAGCGACGCUCUACGCGACGCUCGCUGUAGCGCUGGACGAGAUGUCCGUCGAUGCGCGGCGUGUGCUGGCCCUGUGUUAUCUGAUGGGCGGCGCUUCGUUGCUCUUCCCGUUUGCGCCCUCGUCGUUUGGCGACACGCGCACAAAUGGCUACCAAGCCCUGAAACCAUCGCGGUCCUGCGCUCUCGCUGCUAUUCAUGUGCUGCAGCAUGGCCCCCGCGCCACCUUCAGCGAUAUGGGCUCGGCGCGUGUGUACGCCUCUGCGUGCAUGGCGCUGGGCCGCUUCAAGGAAGCGCAAGAAGCCCUGUCGUUCACAGUCGAGCACGGCACGAAACGCAAACGGGCCACGGCCACGCCUGUGCUGCCCGAGCGCGCCAUGUACGAGAGCCAAGUGUAUACACAGCUGGGCCGCAUGGCGAUGAAGCAAGGUCGGUACUCGGACGCCGCGACGCAUUUUCGCGACGCACGCGAGAAAGACCCGUGGAAUUGGAGUGCAUGGACGGCGCUGUGCGAUAUGGCUAUGGCGCCUCCUACGAUGAUGGAUGCGAACGUAUCGAUGCCGUCGGCCAGCGACGCCUCGGCCAAACGGAGCAAAGCCGAGCCAGAGACCUCCGCGGCCGCCGCCAAGCCAGUGCGUCGCGUCACGCCUCGCGCCGCUGCGCUGCGGUCCGGCAUGGCCCGGACGGUCCCCCCGCCGCCCCGCGAUACCAGCGUGCCGCCCGUCCCCCCGAUGCCGACCUCGCGCACGCUGGCGACGGCGCGGACCAAUGUCACUCGUGUGCCGUCCAAAGACGAUACCAAUGCCGCGAAGCCCAGCGAGGCACGCCGUGGCGCCACGUCGCAUGCCCCACCAGCCUCGCGCCUCGCACGGCCAGCCUUGGCUAAGCCCGAGAGCCGCACAAAGGGUGCCGCGGCCACCGCGGCCACCACCACGUCGGCCCCGGCGCGACCUCGAACGACGCCCACGACCACAACGACGCGACCUGCACCCACGCGGGCAGAUACGCCACGCACGCCCCUGGACGACGUGCGUGUAUGGGUGGCCGAGCUGGGCGAAGCGUACCGUCUCGUGCGUAUGUACGACGGCCAAGCGGCCAUUGAGAAACUGUGUGGCCCUGCCCAGCGUGAUCGGCCGCACCGUCGGGCGUUUCGAUGCGCGGCCGUGGACUGCCUGCUAGGCCGCGCCUUGCACGACGUCACAGAGUACGCCGAGGCGGAAGCGCACUUUGCGCGUGCGCGAGAGCAGGAGCCCUACUUGAUGAUGCAUAUGGACAUAUACUCGCUCGUGCUCUUCCAACUCCAUCGCGAAGUCGCCUUGUCGGCGCUCGCCCAGGACUUGGUCGCGAUGGAUCCACGCGCAGCUGUGACACACAUGGCGGCAGGCAAUACGUGGUCGCUCCAGCAUCAGCAUGACGCGGCCUAUCAAUGCUUCCGCCAGGCGACAUUGGUCGCGCCGGAGUGUGCGUAUGCGUACACGCUAGCCGGCUACGAGGCACUGGAGCUCGAGCAGCCAGCGCGCGCCGUGCGUCUCUUCCGGUGUGCACGUCGCUGUGAUCGGCGGCACUGGAACGCGCUGGCCGGCUUGGGCCAAGUGUACCUGCGCCAGGGCCAUGCAGCCCGCGCUUGUGAGGCGUAUGCACAGGCCUUUCUCAUCAACCGCAGCAAUGCCGUCCUGCUGGACUUGCUGGGAUGGUCGCUCGAGCAGACAGGCGACAUCGAUGGCGCCUUGGCCGUGUACCAACGUGCGAUUGCCAUGCAGCCCAAAGCUGCGAUGACACGCCUGAAAAAGGCCCAGCUCUUGCUCAAGACGGUGCGCGAGGCCAAGCAGCUAGGCACGCCCUUGCCGCUGCGUGAAGAGACGCAGCGCCGUCAGGCUGCCCAUAGCGAGCUGCUGCGCGUCUGUGCAUUGGCCCCCGCGGAGCCACGCGUGCAUCUCAUGCUCGCACGCUCGUACAUGCGUCUCGGCGGCGGCCGCUUUGCUACGUCUGCGGCCACACCGGACGAGCGCGAUGCGUCGAUCUCCGAGGUGCGUGAAGAGGCGCAGCUGCCUCAUGCCUUCCAUACGGAAAUCGCGCAUCAUCUCGCCACAGCGAUCGAUUUGGAUCCACGCUGCGUUCGUGAUAUUAGCGCCCUGGGCGACGUGCCGAAACUGGCGCUGCCAGGGAUGGGCGGCGCCGCGGUGGCCGAGGACGAGGACGACGAGCACGAUGCGGAUCUCCUGCCGUUCGACGACGAGCAUGCGCCGUCCUAUGCCAGCUACGAGGCAGCGCAGCAGGACAUUGACGUACUCGACGAAGACGAGCUCGAUGGCUACGCGUGGAUGUAA